AUGAUGUGCCUCAAAAACGAGCCAUACAAUGAUCCACAGAAAUAUUUAGAUUGUUCAGCAAUCCCAUCAGUCAUUGAUUUGACAAUUGCAAGGACUUCUUAUCGAUUCUGCACGCAUCGCUUACGUUUGCAAACCCCUUGGAUUGCUCACUUGGAGCUGAUGAAUGCGUUUGUGUUCGACGCACCAAACUGCAUGAUCGAUCCUCCUGCAUACAAUUUUCACGAUGGGAUUUUAUAUAUCAAUGAAACAGACCGACCACCUAUUGGCGCUGCCCAAGUCGAAUGUGACGGAUUCAUCAAACGAAUCUACUUUGUCAGUUCUUAUAAGGAUAAAAGGAAAAAAUUUCGUCGACAACCUGGAAUGAAACGAAUGGAUGACGUGAUGACCAGCAAACCAAGGAUUGCAGCAUCCGUCCGCUGGUCUGAUCAGAGUGAGUGUGAUUCAAACCUCACAUGGAUCGACAGCACUUGCGAACUGGACGCGCCAGAGGCAUUGUCGACCGGUUGGUACAAUGUCACGUGUCGUGCCAAUCAGAUUGGGAGGAAGUAA